ACGAUUUUUGUAAUGAUAUGCAUGCCUGCUCUGAUGCAUGUUGGAAUAUAACGUUCAUAUAUUAAGCGUGGCAUGUCGAUGUGCAUGACUUCUGCAUUUAUUAUGUAUUACUCCAUAGCUUGUUUCCUUUGCAUGUUUCCUCCAAUCAAAAGAUUAAAAACUAUCACGUGAUCGGAUAGGCGAUUGACUGCGAUUGACAGCAUCUUCAGAACAGAAAUAAUUGUACUAAUUUCGUAGUUAUCUAUCAAACGUCAGACGGCAUGCAUCAAAGCAAGCAUAGCAUCAUACACACAUGCCUUUAGUUCAAAAAGUCAAGCAUCGCGUGUAAUUCUAGCGCUGGUAAGCGCGCAUUUCAGCGUGUUCUCACAGACUUGUUGCAGGAGAUGAAUCAAUCGGCUAGAUAUGCAUCGUUUAGUGAAACCGGCGUCGAUGGACCUGAUCAAGUACUAUUUACGGACGCAGAUACCACAUGUAAUGCAGAUGGUAGAGUACGAAUAAAAUUAGAUAACAAUUCAUAUCUACCAGUAUCAAUCCCUGGAGUUUUGACUAGAACAGCAAAGCUUUACCCUGAUCACAUAGCAUUAGUGUCUAGACCUGAUGCCAACGGCAAAAGAACCACGUAUACUUUUCAAGAAUACGAGUCUACUGUAAGAAUCGUCGCAAAAGCGUUUCUAAAGUUAGGUUUAGAGCGAUAUCAUAGCGUCUGCAUACUAGGAUUCAAUAGUCCGGAAUGGUUCAUUACAGAACUCGCGACUAUAUAUGCUGGUGGAAUCGCUACAGGGAUUUAUAUCACAAAUUCUCCGGAGGCAUGCCAAUAUUGCGCUGAAUACAGUCGAGCAAAUAUAAUAGUCGUUGAAGAUGAAAAGCAAUUGCGGAAAAUCUUACAAAUAAAACACAAUUUGACCUACUUGAAAGCAAUUAUUCAGUAUGACGGCAUACCUACCAAAAAGGAUAUUUUGAGUUGGAACGAUUUAUUAGAUAUAGGUAAGAGAGAAUCAGAGAAUAAAUUAUCACAUGUGUUGAAGACGAUAGGAGUAAACGAAUGUUGCAUUUUAGUGUAUACGUCGGGGACAGUCGGAAAUUCAAAAGCUGUAAUGUUAAACCAUGAUAAUUUAUUGUUCACCGUACGGGCAUUGUUAUCAGUGCUACAUGUAAAAGAAAAAUCAGAAGUUAUAGUCAGCUAUUUGCCAUUGUCUCACGUUGCAGGACAGAUAAUUGACAUCAUAAUAAACAUUAUGUUAGCGAGCACAGUAUACUUUGCAGACCCAAAUGCAUUAAAAGGUACGUUAAUAAAUACGUUACUGGUGGCGCAACCGACUAUUUUCCUAGGAGUGCCUAGAGUAUGGGAAAAGAUAUAUGAAAAAAUGCAAGAGAAAGCGCGUAGUAAUGGGGUAAUAAAAACCUGGAUUGCUGAAUGGGCAAAAGCACAAGCUCUUCAUUAUUACACAAAUAAAAUAAAUGGCAUAGAUUAUAAACAAUGGGGCUACGUCUUUGCAAAAUGGCUCGUUUUCGACAAAGUCAAGGCAGCAUUGGGUUUAAAUAAGUGCCACAUCUGCUUUACCGGAGCAGCACCUAUAAAUAUCGAUAUUAAAAGGCAUUUCUUGAGUUUAGAUAUAUCUUUAAUAGAUGUAUAUGGAAUGUCUGAAAGUAGUGGACCUCAUACACUAACCGACUUUAAAGAAUACAAUCUGUAUGGUGUGGGAAAAUCUUUACCUGGGCUAUAUAUAAAAUUAGAUAAUAUAAAUGAACACGGUGAAGGAGAAGUUUGUAUGAGUGGACGAAACAUAUUUAUGGGUUACUUAAAUGCACCGAAGCAAACUGAAGAAACUAAAGAUAAAGAUGGCUGGUUGCAUAGUGGUGAUUUCGGUAAAUUCGAUUCAAACGGGAAUUUGUCUAUUACUGGUAGAAUAAAAGAACUUAUAAUCACAAGUGGAGGGGAAAAUGUGGCAUCAUACAAUAUAGAGCAAGCAAUAUUGUCGGAAUUAUCAUAUUUAAGUAAUGCUAUGGUAAUUGGAGAUCGAAGGAAAUAUUUAACGGUCCUUGUCACGCUUAAGAGUAAUAUGAAUGAAGAGACUGGCGCACCAUUAGAUACGCUGGCGCCAGAUGUAUUAAAAUGGGCAGAGUCUAUUGGUAGUAGUGCUAAAACGGUUACAGAAGUUAUAAACUCUCGUGAUUUAGCCAUAUAUGGAGAAAUCGACAAGGCAAUUAAGAGAGCAAAUAUGCGAACUGUAAAUAAUGUUCAAAAAGUACGGAAAUUCGAAAUUCUUCCCCACGAUUUUUCGAUUCCAACCGGUGAAUUGGGACCCACCUUAAAACUUAAAAAGAAUGUAGUUCAGAAGAUGUAUGCUGAUUUAAUCGACAAAAUGUAUGAAUAAAAUUCUACAUUACUAUCAUAAUAAUAUUAAUAAAGCCCGGUUUCACAAUAUGUAUAGUUAUCUAAAGAUUAAAGUUUAUCAAGAGAUUCAUGAAUGAAAUUCAUUUGUCUAUUAAAAUCUGUAAUCAAUACAAAAUACACAUUAGUUGGAAAGUCACGAAUUGUAUUGAUAGCAUUGGGCAGACACGAUUAUGCAACCACUUAGUAACACAAAGCACUGGAAUGAUGAAACGUGAAUGUAAAUCAUAUUAUGAAAAUAAUGACUGUGCCCGAACUAUUUGGAGAGUUUCGCCAUAACUUUUAUCGUCACAAUAUUGAACCAUCAGUCCAUAAAAUUUAAGCUUGAAUUCGCAAUUUUAAAGAAACAAUCUUAAUACAUGAAAGAAGAUAACAAAUCGCAUAAGCAAAUGCAGCAAAGGACCGUGAUAACGAAAAUAAAAGUGGCGGCGAAAUUUUUUACGAGCGAUUUGAAUGUUAUAGUCAUUAUAUUUUUAUAGCACAAUUUCAUAUAUAUAUUGUUUAUGCUAUACCAUUCUAACGCUUAUGUUUAUUAAAUAAUAUCGAAGCUAUAUAUUAAUGUGAUUAAUCCUACCAACAUAAUUCAU